AUGACAGUAAUUCAAAAGUUUAUUGAGGACACGUUUGACAUGAUGACUGGUCUUGGCGAGAUGAAGGUAUCGGAAGCAAUUUUCUUGGAUGCACUUGAUUGUGCUUCAAAGAGAUUGUCGGAGUCAGCUGGUGAUGGAAUUCUGAUGCGAAAAUUGAUUUCACUGGCUUACAAAGGCCAAAACAUCAUCAAAAUGUGUGUUCAUUUGCCCCGGGACAGCAAGGCCGAGAAAUACGCCUCCGCUCUCAAUCAAGUUUCCCACGAAAUCGACAGUCUUUUUUCAUUGCCGGAAAGCAGCGGAGAUUACUGA